CGUGCCUUCCCUCUUGAAUGAUCGCAUCUAGAUAGAUUCUAGUGAUUACAGUUGCACCUCCUGAGCUCCCUCUAUCUUGGGAAGUACGGAUACUGCUCUCUCUGCACCUUCCAAAAGUGGAUCCUCGACUGGUCUAGAUCUUGGCGAUUUCACGAGGCGCCCUUUCCUUCCAACGAGCGUUAAAGAGUGCACUUUCGCGAACCCUCCAAUCCUACUCUCUGCAUAGCAUAACCCUCUGCAUACAACUUGUUCCCCUUUCUGGUCACUUCAUCAAGUGUACAGCACGUCAAAACACCAAGACUCGCCCACAGCCUCGAGCUCACACACGACACAAUGCCUCGUCAGCCUCAAGACUCGAGCAGAGGACGCCGCAGUCCACCCACCGAAUCUCCUCUUCCUGAGUCGGACUCCUACCAGAAGCCUUCUCGCAAGCGUAUGAGAGAAGCCGACCUUCCCUCGAGCAGAGCUCCAAAACGUCAACGAAGCCCUCUCACUAGCAGCACCCGCCGCGACGACCCAGACCCGCCCUCUCCUCCCCGCUCUCCCCCACGAAAGCGCCCCGGUGCUUCUUCUAGAAUCAGCGUUGCUGCCAGACAAGCCGCUGAGCAGAAGAGACUGCAGCGUGAAGAGGAGGAUCGCAAGCAGGUACAACAAAACAGAGCUACUGUGCCCACAGACAUUGUUAGUGCUCACUACAAUGCCGUCCCAGAAAGAGGCAGAGAUUGGAGGAGGUCAGAGUCGAAGAUUCAAGGCCUGCGCUCCUUGAACAACUGGAUCAAGUCGUGCAUGAUCCAGAAGUUCUCACCGUCAGACGAUAGAGAUCAUCGUCCUAUCGUUCUCGACAUGGGUUGUGGAAAAGGUGGUGAUCUGCAAAAAUGGCAGUCAGCUCCUCAAACUCCACGUCUUUACGUCGGUGUCGACCCUGCCGAUGUUUCAAUCGAGCAAGCAAGAGGCAGAUAUCUCGAGAUGCAACGACGAAGGAGGGGACCAAGGAACGCAAAACAACUCGAGGCUCACUUCUUCGCACAAGACGCCUUCGGUGUCAGUCUAGCGCACAUCCCGAUAGUCCGUGAGGUUGGCUUCGACCCACAUGCCGGACCUGACACAACUGGCGCUAUCACUGCUCGCUUCACACAAGGAGGAUUCGACGUGGUUUCGAUGAUGUUCUGCUUGCAUUAUUCUUACGAGAGCGAAGAAAAGGCUAGAGGAAUGCUCAAGAACGUUGCUGGUGCUCUGAAAAAAGGUGGACGCUUCCUCGGCGUCAUGCCAAACUCGGAUAUUAUCCGCAGGAAGAUUGAACAGCACAUGAAAGGUGGUGUGAAGCCUUCGGAAUCAACGAACGGAGACUCUCCUCCAGCUGGUCUAAAUUACGACGAUGAUGAUGAUUGGGACCCUGAGAAGCCCUCCGCAGGCGCUGCUACUGAAGACAACGAAUGGAACCCCGAACAGAGUCUUGAUCCUCAUCUCCAAACCGACGAAGCAGACUGGGAUCCGGAAAAGCCUCUCGACCCACCCCAAGUGGCCGAUGACGCCAAAGAUGAUGAAUGGGACCCUGAAAAGAGCUUGCAGCCUACAGCAAACGGACCCGCCGAUAACGAUGACUGGAAUCCGGAAGCACCAAUCGACAACGCAAUCGCUACAGAAGAGAAACCAGAACCCAUCACAAAAGCCAUCCCAAAAGAACCCUUGGAAUGGGGAAACUCAAUCUACAAGGUCAAGUUUCCAGAGUCACAACCCCUGCCUUUUGACGGUGUCUUCCGCCCCCCCUUCGGGUGGAAAUACUUCUACUACCUCGAGGAAGCCGUCGAUGUGCCCGAAUUCGUCGUACCGUGGGAGGGUUUCCGCGCGCUUGCCGAGGAGUAUGGCUUGGAACUCAUGUACCGUAAGCCUUUUCCAGAGGUAUGGGAGGAUGAAAAGGACGAUUACGAAUUAGGGCCGUUGAGCGAACGUAUGCGUGUAAAAGACAGAGAUGGCAGGUUUCUUGGUACGAAGGAGGAAAUGGAGGCGGCUGGUUUCUAUCACGCCUUCUGCUUUUAUAAGAUUUAGGGCGGAUGUCAGCUUCUCCCUGCAUCAGCCAAUGGUGCUGAAAUGUGACUCUGCCUUUCUACAGCUCUUAUCUUUGUCCUUGCACUGAAUGUGGAGAGGAGUUAUUGUUACAUGGAGUAGUUAUGAUCAGUGAUCUCGGUGAUCAAGGCUAGAAAUUGGAAAAGGACUGUGCCUUGCUGCAGCUACAAGCGUGAGUCAGUUGCACGUAGGGAGGUGCAUGUCUCUAUAUGCACAUGUUACACGACAGAUUGACAGCAAGUCAAAUAAAGCACGACUGGCAUAGAAAUAGCAAUAACUGCCAAAUUUUUCAUACAAAGACACCGACACAGGAAGUCAACAAAGAUAUAUCCCAGAUAUCUCGUAUGCAGCAAACAUCUCGAAAUAAAGAUGUCUACGAGUCAACAUGAGAAUAUUUUUUCUUAAAUCACACCUAAAACUUCGAGUCUGU